AUGCCAUCUGAAUCGGCACAAUCUGUAAUCUUGGGAGACGACUAUGCAGAAUACGAGCAUCCCUCCUCUCUGCAUCUUGAGUCAAAGCUAGAAUUGUUGAGAUUGGAGUUGGAGAAAACCACUUUACAAGCCAAUGCCAAGCAUCAAGACCAAGAUCGCAAGAUUAAAACACUGGAGUCUCAGCUACGCGAGUCAUCCUCGUAUGCCAAGGCGCUAAAGCAUCAAUUGUCUGAAAAGAAUAAACGCAUUGAAGAAUUAUUAGAAGACACGGUUUCCAGGUCGUCUAAUAAGGACAUAUCCCUUCACGAAGCUCGAUUGAACAAUACAUUACUUCAUGAAAAUGCCAUUCUUCGAAAGCGAGUAGAUGUAGGGUUUAAUCUGGUAUUGGAGGUGUUGACGAUGUUGCAUACGACAGAUUUGGAAUUGAUUUCUGCAUGGGCUGCUUAUGCCAAAUCAACUCCAGACACUGAAGCAGAGGGUGUAUCUAGACUGAUGGCAAUAGCUUCCUCACGAGCACCACAGCUAAGGAAGAAGGAAUCAAAAUCAGAUUCCGUACAAACGGACGAUGCGUCAACGAAGAAUGAAAUUGUUGCUAUACGGGUGACCUUAGAAGCAGAACGCACCGCCCACAGUUUCGAAAUACAAGCACAUCGCAAGACAAGAAAGAGACUCGGAGACCAAGAAACACGAUUCGCAGAAUUCACCAGACGAUUAGAAACCAUUAUUGAUGGUCCUCAGCUUCGUGAGAGGAUUCAAUCUGAUUCUGUGCUAGAUAUACGGUCUCAGGGACUUUUGAGUCGUGUUUGGGACCUAAAGCAGAAAUUGGACAUUUGCAUUUCAGAUUUAGGGGAUGCAAGAGAAGCUGCCAAAGAUGGUGAGGAGUCACAUCGAAUUGUGGCAAAUCUGCAUGAGAAACAUAUAGAGCAUUUGCGAAGUGCGAUUGAGAAGAUCACAGGCCAUGUAAUGUCAGAUACACAUCGAGUCGCGUCGACCCAUCCAUCAGCGGAAGAAAUAUUGGAAGCAGAGGCUAGCUACUAUCAUGAUCGAAUCGACAGUGAAAUCGGGAUGCUUAGGCAAGAAGUUGCAUGUCUGAAAAAUGAAAAGGAAGGACUCGAGUUACAAUUAAGAUUGACUCGUGAAUCAAUGGUUGAUCAUAACGAGUGGUGUGAGCUUUUGGCUCAAUCUACCAUAAAUGCAGACGAGCUCAAAAAGUACAAGGAGGAGGCAUCUCAAAAGGGAAAGAAUAUUUCCCUUCUUCAUGAGAGAAUCGUACAUCUGAACAAUGAAAUUGAAAUCCAACGGAAUGAAAUCUGUGUGUUCAAAGAAUCCUCCAAGCGAAGUCGCGCAGAGCUGUCACGAAAGGAUACUCUCAUCAAAGAAGUCACUAGGACGAGAUCAGAAGUUGAUGACGCAAAGAAGGCUAUGGAAACAAGAUGUAAAGGUCUAGCCUCAUCAGCAUCCCGCCUGGAACGAGAAUGCAGAGAAAUGAAAUCCAAACUUGAAAAAGUUCAAAUGGAAAACACCCAGCUUUGUGACAUGGGUGUUGAAAACGAUGCAUUACGUGAUCAAGUCACGAAAUUAAAACAAGAGAUUCAGAGAAAGGAGGUCAUGAUUGAUAGGUGGAAGAUACGAGCUGAGGAAGCUCAAGAGGAAUGCAGCCGACUUCGCGAAACAAAAUCAGCCAUGAUUGAGCCCGCUCUCCACGCUACAGCACUAGAAGCUCGUAAAUCAGCUGAAGCUCGAGUGAGAUCUCUUGAACGAGAAUUGGAGCGGUCGACUCAACAAAUGAGUGUUUUGGAACGUGCUAUGGAUCGAGCAGUGAAUGCUCUUGCCAACAAUUGCUCGAAUAAUGACUUGAAUCGAUCUGUUCGAGGUUCUUUAGAGAGUAGUCUUGGUGGCGCAGGGAAUGAUAAGACCACUGCGAUAGCCAAGGAUAUUUCUGAAAAGCUACUAGGACUGGACUAUCACCAAGUAUUCACAACCCCUGGUAUCGACGUGACGAGUUCCUCAAUCUUCCCCAACAUGAUGGACAAUAUGUUUCGCUCAUCCUCUCUUUUCUCAUUAUCAUAA